ACCCAGUCGCCGAUAAAUUGCUGAUUAGCGUGAUGUUCAUCACAAUGAGUUGCGCCAGCCUCAUUCCAUGUAUGUUGCCAUGUGAUAGAACUCACGAAGUGAUUAACAUGAUCAUAGGGCCACUUACCACAGUUGUUCUGGUGCGAGAUGUAUGUCUACUUUUGGGUGGACUUUACAAAAGAUAUCGUCUGAUGGAGCCUCCAUUGACAUUGCAACGGUAUUUUAACCCGGAAGUAUCGUCUAUGCAGAUAAAUACUGUCCUGCAAUUAUCAGUAAUAGCAGGUUCCUUGGCGAUACCUGUGUUCCAUUUAGGUGAACUUAGCUCACAAUUGGCUUAUGGGCUAUGUUGGAUCACAGCAUUCACUACAAUCUGCUCUGGUGUGCAAUACGCCAGCGGUCAAGCGUUACGAAAGUUAUAAUA